AUGAAGCAUUGGGUUGCGGUAAACUCGAUGUUGGUGUCAUGGAUUACUAAUAUGAUUGAUGAGACUCUUAGGUCUACGGUUGAGGAUUUUGAUAUUGCUGGUAAAAUUGUGGGAGCAUUUGAGGAAGAGAUCGAUACUGUGUGCCAAACCGAGUCUGUGACGGACUACUUUGGUCGACUUUCGACCGUCUGUAAGGCGUAUGUUCAAUACGCUAGAGUACCGCAGUGCACAUGUGCAGGCUGCUCCUGCAAUAUUGCUUGGCAGGUGGGAGAAAUCCGUGAGGAGGAGCAUUUGCAUUAUUUUUUAAUUGGUCUGGAGAAUCACUACGAAGCAAUACGGGCUCAAUUGUUGGCACAAUCUCCCUUACCUUCCGUGGAUGAGGCGUAUAAACGGUUGUCAAUACCGAAAAUAUGCGAGCAAAGGGUAAGACUACGGAGACAGUUAUGA